AUUGCACAAACAGCACAUUUGGACCAAAUUGUGCCAAUCCGUGUCACUGCUCAGGCAAUUUACAGUGUGAUAUGUUUCAAGGAAAUUGUUCAAAUGAUUGUGACAUCGGUUGGGCAGGUUUCAAUUGCAGUAUAGAUCUUAACAUCCUUCGGCGCAAUACAACCUCUGCAACAGCACUACAGUCAAGGAUGUACAGCAACUGUAGCGCCAACCGUGCAAUUGACGGUAUAGAUGCACCAGUUAAUCCAUUAAAUGAUGUGAAUUUAUGUGCGGCUUGCAAUCAACCCGAACAAAGUCAAAACAUAACUGGCUACAUUAACAAUAUUUCAAUGGAGAUCAACCAGACAGAAUGCCCAGUUGGAACAUUUGGAGAUAGAUGUUCUAAUCCGUGUAAAUGUGCUGACAAGCUGAAUUGCGACAAAGUCAAAGGAACCUGUAUUAGUAAAGGAUGUUUACCUGGCUGGGAAGGAGCAGCUUGUAAUAAAUCCUGUGGCCAUCAACAUUUUGGACCAGACUGUAAAUACCAGUGUCAUUGUUUUUCUGAUGGAUCAUGUGCAAAAGAUUCGGGAGAAUGCAAUAACUCCCAUUGUGAUCCGGGAUGGGAACUAUCAAAUUGUAGUAAAGCUUGCAGCUUUCCACAUUUUGGAGAUAACUGUAGAGACACUUGUCACUGUUUAAACAAUUCUGAAUGUGAUCACCGUGAUGGAAAAUGUGAUAUCAAAUUAUGUGAAGCUGGCUGGCAAGGGGAAAGUUGUAAUAACGUUUGUGACCAUCGACGAUUUGGUAUAAACUGUUCAUCUGUAUGUAAUUGUCGUGAUAAUACAAGUUGUAAUGCUACGACUGGACAAUGCAACACUGGUUUAUGUGACCCAGGCUGGCUUGGCAACAGCUGUGAUAAAGUUUGUGACCAUCGACGAUUUGGUAUAAACUGUUCAUCUGUAUGUAAUUGUCGUGAUAAUACAAGUUGUAAUGCUACGACUGGACAAUGCAACACUGGUUUAUGUGACCCAGGCUGGCUUGGCAACAGCUGUGACAAAGUUUGUGACCAUCGACGAUUUGGUAUAAACUGUUCAUCUGUAUGUAAUUGCCGUGAUAAUACAAGUUGUACUGCUACGAAUGGACAAUGCAACACUGGUUUAUGUGACCCAGGCUGGCUUGGCAAAAACUGUGACAAAGUCUGCAAGCAUAGAUCUUUUGGCUUGAAUUGCUCAUCAAGCUGCUAUUGCCUUAGGAACUCCAGUUGUGAUCCCAUCACAGGAAAAUGUUUAUCAGGUACAUGCGAUCCUGGUUGGCAAGACCUAAGUUGCGAUCAAGCCUGCAACUUUCCUCAUUUUGGUGAUAAUUGUAAUGAUAUUUGCCACUGUAUCGACAACUCAAGAUGUAAUCAUAUUAAUGGAAGCUGUGAUCGAAGUCUUUGUGACGCGGGCUGGCAUGGAGACAGUUGUAACGAUGCUUGCAAUGGUACAUUUGGAUACAAUUGUUCCAACAAAUGUCACUGUGACCGUGAUGAAAACUGCAGUCCAACAGACGGCAAAUGUCUUCUCGGAGGAUGUCAAAGCGGAUGGCAGGGCGAUAACUGUAGUAUUGAAGUGCUACCUUUGUCACAAGAUCAACCAUCCUCAACUACUGCUGCAGUUGCUGGGGGAGUGUCAGCCUCUGUUAUAGUGAUUGCAUUAGGCGUCAUUAUAGGAUUCAUCAUUUAUAAGAAAAGAAAUGCAUCAGAAAGAAAUUCUAAACGAAACGCAUAUAAGGACAAAACAACAAAUCUUAAAGAAACACGAAAAUCAAAUUUGUACGGCAAUGAUAAUAAGUCAUUUGAUGGAAUUGCGGAAACAAACAUAAAUGAGUCAGUUUCGAACGACUAUUACAGUUUUGGGGAGUGUUCCGGUAUAAAGAUCUGUGAGUUUUGGGAUUAUAUCUACAAAAAAAUGGAAAACAACUGCGAACAGUUUUAUAAGGAGUUUAAGACAUUACCAUAUGGUCUUGUGCAUAGCCAUAAAUCCGCAGAUGAAAUAGCAAACAAAGGGAAAAAUAGAUACAGGGAAAUGUACGCCUAUGACCAUACACGUGUUAUUUUGAGUGACGUAGAAGAUGGUAAAAAUACCGAUUAUAUCAACGCUUGUUAUAUUGAUGGUUAUGAAAAGGUGAAAAAGUUCGUAGCAUCACAAGGUGCAACUAAACAGAUGAUUGACGACUUCUGGCGGAUGGUUUGGCAGCUUAAAUCAGAUAAAAUUGUCAUGCUAACUAACUUGAUAGAAAUGGGAACGAAUAAGUGUAUGCAGUAUUGGCCUAACGAAGAUCAAGGAAACGAGUGUACCUAUGACAAAGUUAUCGUCAAGCUUCUGAAUACAGAGACAUUCCUUGACUACAAUAUUAGAUAUUUAGAGGUCCGUAUGAAUGAUGAACCUAGACGAAGAAUUCGUCAAUUUCAUUUCAAGUCCUGGCCUGACAAAGAUGUUCCUGAUAGUACAUGGUGUCUUGUUAACUUCUGGAGGGUUGUUGAUACCAAUGCUAUUUCUAAAGCAGGCCCUAUAGUUGUUCAUUGCUCGGCUGGAGUUGGGAGAACUGGAACAUUUAUUGGUCUUGACAAUAUGGUGAAUCAAGCGCGUGUUGAAGGUUUUGUGAGACCAUUACAGGUUGUACAGACUUUGAGACAGCAAAGAGUUAAUAUGGUCCAGACAAAGGAGCAGUAUGUCUACCUGCAUGAAGCUGUUGCUGAUGCCAUGUUGUUUGGAACCCACAUUGUGUGGACCAAGCAGUUUGGUGACGUUCUAUCAUUUAUGACACAGAAUGAGAAGAAUAACACGAAAACAAGACUACAGAUACAGUUUGAGCUUAUAGAAGAAAGUGUGGUGAAUUCUACGUCAGAAAUUUCAGAAAGUCCGGAAUAUUCUAAUGUUGAGACACUUUUGUCAGAAAGCGAUGCGUACAGGCCGAAAUUGAAGAAUAGAGGGUCAAAAUUUGUACAGCAGUUGCGUGCCAUGUAUAUCCCUAAUUACAAGGGAAAGAGCACAUUUCUUGUGUCAAUGUCACCAGAUAAAGAUACAAUGGAAGAGUUUUGGUCUCUCGUUGACGACAACAACAUCAAGACAGUUAUAAUGCUUACAGAACAGUCAUCUCCAUGCUAUCAGUCAAGCUGUGAACUAGGUUCGACUUCUAAAGGCGAAAGCAUUUUUAGUGUUAACAAGAAAGAGGAGAAAAUAAGAAAGGGUUACACACAGAGAACCUUCACCUUUAAGGAAAGUGGCAGAGAGGAAGAAGACUAUCUAACAACGGUGAAGCAGUUUGAAUACACAGCUUGGAAAAAUGGAUACCCGUCUCCAGGUGACACAACCUCAUUCCUGGAUAUGAUAGAAGCCGUCUUAAAAUGGCAGCCGCAUUUGUCCGAGUCACAGCCUGUACUUGUUUUUUGCGGUGACGGUUGUACAAGAUCUGGUAUAGUUUGUGUGCUCCUGAACGAGCUUCAGAGGAUUAAAUAUGAAGGAGGCCACGUUAACAUUGUAGAGUCUGUUAAAAUGAUUAAAAAACGACAAAGGCAUCUGAUUGGAAGUUAUGAGCAGUACAAGUUUUGUUUUGAUCUGAUGAUGGAUCACAUCAAGCGUACAGACGUUUACCAGAACCUCUAAACUUCUACAUCUACAAGAUUGUUGUAUAAAAAGAUGGAAAAAAACACAUUACAAAUAUUUGUUUGUAGUAAAAUACAUACUCCAUAUACGCGUGCUUGUGUAAAUGACAUAUAUAGACGUUAGACUAGAUAUAGAAUCUUAUCAUCUGACAGAUUGUGCUUCCAAUAGUGAUUGAAAAGAAAUUUUCUCAUUAUUUUGUUUUAAAGAUAGUGUUGAUAAAGAUAUGUAACACAAUUUCAAUUUGCUAACCUAUCUGAUAUUCAAACUUUAGAUAUUAUUAUAAUUUUAUGUUUUGCUUCUUCAAAAUAUUAAAAUUGUAAUCAAAAUGUAAUAUCUAGAUAUUGAAAAAAAAGAAUAUAUUUUUCCUUAAAAUAUAUUUACAUUUCACGUCCUCACAAAAAGACCUCUAUUUAUCUUUUUUUUAAUUUUAGCCAGUAUUCAUGUUAACCAGAAUAAGAUAUUACAUUCAAUUUCAUUUUAUAGUUUUUAUUUGCUUAUUGUUAAGCCACUGCAUGAUUUAACAUGCAUUCAAAAU